AUGACGAAACGAAAGCGUGGGGUGGUGAUGGCAGACCGAAUCAGCGAGUUGCCAGAUGAAGUUCUUGUUAGCAUAGUGUCUCUCUUGUCGCUAAGGGAAGCAGCAGCUAUGCGUAUCCUUUCUACGCGAUGGAGGAAUGUAUGGAAAUCAACUUGGACCCUCAAUUUCGAUGCGGAUCCUAAAGCUUUGGAAAGGGAAAGGUACGUCACUGACGCUGAAACCUUAAAAGAAAGGUACGUCAAGUGGGUGGAUAGUACUUUGGAACAGCACCAAGGAAUGAGUAUCGAACAAUUUAGGAUUUGUUUUAACCUCAACGAGAGAUUUUCAAGUUCCGUUGAUAAAUGGGUUCGAUUUGCAAUGAAAAAAAGAGUUCAAAUUCUUGAGUUGAACUUCUUAGAAGAAUUUCCUCCGACAUAUGAGGGUGCUCUGCUCCACGUACCAUGCUAUACUUUUUCUCCCCGCCAACUUUUAGGUGGUGUUCCUAGUCUACAACCUUGUUCCGACGUUGGCUUCAACUUCCUCAGAGUUGUAAAGUUCAAAAACGUUUGUCUUGCUGGAGGUCUCGAGUACUUUUUGUCUAACUGUCCAGCUCUCGAACGAUUAACAAUAUAUCGUGUUCUAGAUUUGCAUAAGCUGAGAGUUGUCGGUCUGUCAAUUCCGUUGAAGUACUUGGUCAUAAGAGGUUGUGACAAUAUCGAAAGCAUUCUGAUACGUGAUGCAAAUCUUGUUUCAUUCACUUAUCAUGGACUUAAGAUGAACUUGAUUACUAGGAAUGUACCGCUGCUCACUGAAGUAUCCAUCGGUGGGUACCCAAAAGUUGAUUUUCUCAAAGUUGCCUUCACCCAACUUGAAUCUUGUCGUUCUCAGCUACAGAUUCUCAAACUGCUCCAGUAUAAAAUCCCCUACGACGAGGAUCGUGUUUUUCCUAUCUUCUCAAGUCUCAAGCAACUGGAAAUUGCCGUCACAGAUCAAGAUUAUUGGCGUCUUCAUCUAUUAACAUCCUUCAUUGAGGCAUCUCCUUGCUUGCACAAACUGGUGUUGCACUUGCAUCACUCAUCUUUUACUGGUCAAAGAAAAAUAUUCAAGAGAGCCGAAUGCUCCCAUCGUUACCUCAAGGUUGUGGAGAUGGUAGGGUACGAUGGUAGCACAGGUGAUUUUGGACUUGUCAAGUACUUGACAAAAACUGCUGUCAACCUGGAGGAAAUCGGUGUUAGUCAUUUCAAGAGUUGGUUUUACCAUUACACAGACGAGAAACCGGAAGAAUCAGAAAGGAAUCGUGCUAUGAAGGAUCGUGCUAUGAAAGAGCUGAAACAAAUAGUGCCAUCAACUGUAAAACUAGUAUGCUUGUAG